GCGCGAUCUUCCUCGUAGAUCCUCCAAUCCGCCUUCUCGCGUAUUCGACUUUCCUGCUCGAAGGCAUCCACCCCCCCUGCGCGGCCUACAGAACGCGAAAAAAUCAAAGCCAACAAGUACCAAGAGCGUUAUCGGAUGGCACCAGACGCAGGAGGGCCUUCCGUGAAAUCCGCAACUAUCGCUGCUGGACGACUGGAGAGCUCCUACCAGAGAACGGCCAGUCCCCUGUCCAACAAAGUUGCUGCGAACGCGGUUCUCUCAGCGUCCGCACAGACCCGGACUACGCCUACGAAACGACGGAACGAUUUCCAAAACGACCGAGACUCCGAUUCUAGCCUGAGCGACUUCGAAGUUGCCGACUCCGACGCCGAAACCGAACGGCUACACAUCUCACCCCAGAAGCAACGACCCGGCCAGAUGGUACAACACACGAGCAGCUCCGUGGUCACGACAGAGACAAUGGCGUUUGAGAUACCGGUUGCUAAGGAGGGAAUUUUCAGACCUGCUACCGCAGACACGACCGACGAUCAUGCUGUGCACUCGUCUCCAGGAACGCCCACACGCAGUGCGAGCAAGAAGCGAAAGCGAGAAGAAAUUUCACCGGCUCCACAGCUGCUGCCUUCCGAGGUUACAGAAAAUAGCAAGUCGGUACAGCCUCAUGCUCCCCCGAAAAAGAAAGUUUACGCGCCGGACACACAACAAGAGGCUCUGGGGACUGCGAAACCGGCCGCCUCGGAACACAAAGACCAACACACGACCGCAAAUGGUGCUCCGUGUUCUCCCAAGAGUGCAGCGGCGACCAACGGUGCUACCGGCCACCCACUGAACGAGUCCACCAGCAAAGCUGCUACCGAAGGUCCUAUGGACAUCGAUCAGCAGCCGGAUGACGAUGCUGAGGAUGAGGACACAGAUCAACCGCCUUCCGCUCCGGCGGAGGAAGAGCCAGGUGAGUCCGUAGAUGUAGCUCCCGAUGAUGAUGAAGGUGCCGAAGAAGAGGCUAAGAAACUGAAAGCCAUAGAAGAUCUGGCGGAGAUUGAGAAGAUUUUUGCAAAGCUUAAGGACAGCAUAUACAAUGAUAAGCUUCAGCGAGUCGAGAUUGAAAUGAAGAUGUUGGGAGAAGGCACCCAUCCCGAGUACGUAGCACAGAAGAAGUGCAUCGAUGAGCGACUGGAGGAGAAGGUCCGAUUAGCGGAUGCCCAAUACCGAUACGCGAUGGAGUCACUGCAUACCUCGACGAAAGUCAACAGGGCACAGGUACAUUCUCAAUAUUUCCAGCAGACUCGACAACUGCGGGAGGAGUCGUUGUACAACUGUAGCGAACUGUGGUAUGAAAUCCAACGUGAACGUCGUGCAAGUGAAGCAUUGGUUCCAGAGUACACUUUCAGGAUACCCGACAGACAGAGUACCAGAGUCAAACAGCGGAUGCAGUACAAUUGGGAGGUCACAUUGCUCCAGGGAAUCCAGCAGCACAUUGGAUUUCCCGCCGCGCCGGAUGUUGAUGGUGCCACAGAAGAUGAGAAGGCUGAAGAUUUGGAGGCUCUGGGGAUCAAUCCACGCGCGGUCGCUGCUCGCUCAGUUGCGCCUCCCAGCGUAAUGCGGAUGGAUGACAUCGCCCCACAUAAUUGGGUGCAUGCUCACUCCCCGCCAUCCCCUGUGAUCCAUACUGCAGCUUCCCAGCAGAUGCAGCAACAGACGCACCCCGCUACUGCUGGUACCCACAUCCACCAUCACCACCACCGACAUCGCCAUUCGGCUCAGCAAGGAUUCCAGAGGCCGCAACAACACCAGCAGGAGCAGCAGCAGACGAAUUACUCUGCACCGCCGCCACCUCAACCGUCGCGACGUGGUCCGUCCAGCAGCAACCUUGGUCCACCACCGUCGUCGUCGGCUUCGUUGGCGUCGCUUCUCCAUCCGCCGCAGCCCGAGAGUAGCGUCAAGAUGGAGGCUCAGGCAUCCCAAACUUCGCUGCCUCCGUUUAAGAACACCGAGGCAUUUUCGAACUUUUCCUCACAUCCACAGCAGCAGCAGCGUCAAUCGCCUUACUCGAUGGCCCACAUUCAGCACCCUUUCGGGCGGACUACUGGUAACGAGCACCAGCAGCACGUACCCUACCGACUGGAGGGCGGACGUAGUCCAACUCCUGGAGAGAGGAUGCACAGAAUGAAGGAGGAGCUUAGCCAGACCACUGAGCGGAUGCGUGGCUCACUUUACCGACCCGGCGGAGGAGGAUUGGGUUACUCAUAACCAUGUGCGAUACGAUGCGAGAGUUUUUUGAUGCCUCUUUGUUUCUUGUGCGAGCAACCACAAUAUAUCCGGGUUUGGAAAGGUAAUGUCUGUCUGUUGUCUGUACUUUACGGGGUUUCAUUUGGUUAGUGGCGAUGGGAUCCGGUCCGGGGGUCGGUCACUUUUGUUUUCUGCUCUCUGU